AUGGAGAGUCCAAAAGCCGAAAAUACCAGCGCCGAUGACGCAAUUUCUCCGACUGAUUCCUCGCCGGCGUUGAAUGUGUUGUGCGCCAUAUGCAACGAGUUCUUUCGUGCCAGUGACAACGUUUGCUACACCAAUAGGUGCGGUCAUGUCUUCCACUUCGUCUGCCUGACCCGCUGGCUCAGAAAAUCGCGCUCCUGCCCACAAUGUCGGACUCCCUGCGGUGAUCAUCCUUUGCCCAGACUUUAUCUGAACUUCACAGAAGUCAGUGCGGAGUGCGAUGAUACACCCAUUGAAGAGAAAUUUUACAAAAUGGAUACGCACUUCGAGUGGAGGCCCAUGAGACUGGGUGAGGAUGAGGAAAGCAGCUCGGAGCUUUCGCAUCUGCCGCCCGACGAAGCCGUUGAGUGUGGAUACGAUGAUGAGGGGGAUCCCGCUUAUGUGGCACGAGCCUACUACGGUAACGAACGAUUGCCGGCCCACUAUGUGCCACGGAAGAAGGUUGCCUAUGCCGGGUGGGACGGAAAGGCAUUCCCUCUAACCGAUGGAGUGGAGUUGCUGGUGCUGAAAGAUUGCGAUCACAAGUGGGUGGACGGGUCGAAUGGCUCAUAUCCGCUGGGUGCGCUGGACACUGGCUAUUCGCAUUGGGGCGAAGUUACCUACACGGGACGCGCUAUGUACAAAGGAGAUAUGCGGCUCGGUAAGGUGCACCCCUCCUAUAAUAAAAUGUUUAUUCCACAUAAGGGAAAGGAGGCUGGCGUUUUAAGGUACCAAGUGCUGGUGCUCACUCCACGGGAGCCUGAUCAACAAUGA